AUGGGCUCGGUCGGUGAAAAUGGUGAGAUGGAAAUCAACGGGAAGGAGGAUGAUCUAAAGGCACCUUUACUGAAGCCGUCAGAGAAUGUUGCAAUUACUGUCCCUGAAGAGAGUAAUAAACAAUAUAAGAAGGUUAGGACUGUUAAGUUCAAAAUAGGGGAAAUCAAGUGCACGUCUUGUACAUCAUCCAUAGAAUCUGUAUUGGGAGAGGUUAAUGGGAUUGAGAGUGCUGUCAUAUCACCCCUUGAUGGCCGUGCUGCUAUCACCUAUGUGCCUGAGCUUGUUGAUGUUAAUAAAAUUAAGGAAACCAUAGAAGAUGCUGGGUUUCCUGUUGAAGAGUUUCCAGAACAAGAUAUUACAGUAUGUCGGUUGAGGAUUAAAGGAAUGAUGUGCACCAGCUGCUCUGAGUCUGUGGAACGUGCCCUUCUAAUGACUGAUGGAGUUAAAAAUGCAGUGGUGGGUCUAGCUCUUGAAGAAGCGAAGGUCCACUUUGAUCCAAACCUCAUUUAUACAGAUGGCAUCCUUGAAGCAGUAGAAGAUGCUGGCUUUGGAGCUGAGCUCAUCAGUUCUGGGAAUGACAUGAACAAGGUGCACCUUAAAGUUGAAGGAUUUAAUUCUGCAGAAGAUGGUAACAUGAUCCAAUCUUGUCUUGAGUCCACACCAGGUGUGAAUCAUGUUGAAGUGGACUUGCCUGAACGUAAGGUAACUGUUAGCUAUGAUCCAGACCUUAUUGGCCCGAGAUCUAUUAUACAGUGCAUUGGAGAUGCAUCGUCUGGUCCCAACAUUUACCAUGCAGAAUUAUACGUUCCUCCAAGACGAAGAGAAACUGAGCGACUACAAGAAGUUCAGAUGUACAGAGACCAAUUUUUGUUGAGCUGCCUUUUCUCUGUUCCAGUACUUCUAUUCUCCAUGGCACUCCCAAUGGUUCAUCCUUAUGGUAACUGGUUGGAAUAUAGGAUUUACAAUAAGCUCACUGUUGGGAUGCUUCUCAGGUGGAUCCUUUGUACACCAGUACAGUUCAUUGUUGGCCGAAGGUUUUAUGUGGGAUCAUACCAUGCAUUGAGACGGAAAUCUGCUAACAUGGAUGUUUUGGUUGCACUAGGCACUAAUGCAGCUUACUUCUAUUCUGUAUAUAUAGCGAUAAAAGCUAUAACGACAGAUACAUUUGAAGGGCAAGAUUUCUUUGAGACUAGUGCCAUGGUGAUAUCGUUUAUCCUUUUGGGGAAAUAUUUGGAGGUUGUGGCUAAAGGGAAGACAUCAGACGCUUUAGCAAAGCUUACAGAACUCUCUCCUGAUAUGGCUCAUUUGGUAACACUAGAUAGUGAUGGAAAUGUUAUCUCGGAGAUAGACAUUAGUACUGAACUGAUACAAAGGAAUGAUGUGAUUAAGAUUGUUCCUGGUGAAAAAGUCCCUGUUGAUGGGAUUGUUAUAGAUGGUCAAAGCCAUGUGAAUGAGAGUAUGAUCACAGGGGAGGCAAGGCCCAUUGCUAAAAGACUUGGAGACAAGGUAAUUGGUGGAACUAUGAAUGAGAAUGGGUGCUUACUGGUGACGGCUACUCAUGUUGGGUCAGAGACUGCACUUUCCCAAAUUGUUCAACUUGUGGAAGCUGCUCAGCUUUCCCGGGCCCCUGUUCAGAAACUAGCUGACCAAAUCUCCAAGAUUUUUGUUCCUACAGUUAUUAUUGCAGCAUUUAUUACAUGGCUAGGAUGGUUUAUACCUGGAGAGGCUGGUCUUUACCCAAGACAUUGGAUACCAAAAGCAAUGGAUGGAUUUGAACUUGCACUGCAGUUUGGAAUUUCAGUACUGGUAGUUGCGUGCCCAUGUGCUCUGGGUCUAGCAACGCCAACAGCAGUCAUGGUUGCCACCGGAAAGGGUGCUUCUCAAGGUGUGCUCAUCAAAGGUGGAAAUGCACUUGAAAAGGCACACAAGGUGAAAACGGUUGUCUUUGACAAGACAGGGACAUUAACAGUUGGAAAACCAGAGGUAGUUAGUGCUGUGCUCUUUUCCAGUUUCUCUAUGGAGGAAUUCUGUGACAUGGCUACUGCUGCAGAGGCAAAUAGUGAACAUCCAAUAGCAAAAGCUGUGGUGAAGCAUGCUAAGAGGCUGCGCCAGAAGAUUGGAUCUGAUGCAGAAUAUAUUACAGAGAUUAAGGACUUUGAAGUGCACACUGGAGCUGGGGUGAGUGGAAAAGUGGGCAACAGAAAUGUUUUGGUUGGGAACAGGAGGCUCAUGCAGGUUUGUAAUGUUUUAGUUGGUUCUGAGGUUGAGAUCUACAUUCGGGAACAUGAGCAAUUAGCUAGAACGUGUGUGUUAGUAGCCAUAGACGGAGAGGUUGCUGGAGCUUUUGCUGUGACUGAUCCAGUGAAGCCUGAGGCUGAGUGUGUUAUAUCUUUCCUUCGUUCCAUGGGUAUCUCAAGCAUCAUGGUGACUGGUGAUAACUGGGCUACAGCAACUGCCAUUGCUAAGGAGGUUGGGAUUGAGAAGGUGUUUGCUGAAACAGACCCAUCGGGAAAGGCUGACAGGAUUAAAGAUUUACAGGGGAAAGGAAUGACUGUAGCCAUGGUGGGAGAUGGAAUAAAUGACUCGCCAGCUCUUGUUGCAGCUGAUGUUGGCAUGGCAAUUGGCGCAGGUACUGACGUGGCCAUAGAAGCUGCUGAUAUAGUUCUCAUCAAAAGCAACUUAGAAGACGUCGUUACAGCCAUCGAUCUAUCUCGAAAAACCAUGUCUCGGAUUCGGCUAAACUAUGUAUGGGCUCUUGGCUAUAACAUACUUGGCAUGCCUAUUGCUGCUGGGAUCCUAUACCCAUUCACCGGAAUUCGGCUCCCCCUUGGCUUGCUGGUGCUUGUAUGGCUGCUUCAUCACUUAGCGUGGUUUGUUCUUCUCUCUUGUUGCAGUCUUAUAAGAAGCCUUUGCGCGUUAGAGAUAGAGACUAUUGAAGGCUAA